AACAUAUCAUAUCAUACAACAAUAUUUAUAGUAUAACAAUAUUAUGAUAUUAUAGCCGUCAAGUGCUGUUAUCAGUUUCCCGGUCCGCCCUUCCAAGUGAUAAAGGAUGAAAAGUUGAAAGCAAGCUGGUGUAUGAAUACACCCGUGGCUGAAAAGUAGUGUUUAAAGUGUUUAACCUAAGCAGUAAACAGUAAACAUGCACAACACCAAACAGACAAAUAUUGUUCAAAACGAUUAUUUUUUACGCUUUGUUUAUCCAUACUAUUUUAUUAUUUGCACUUAGGGUAUUAUGGAUUAUUCUUUUUUUCACAUUCGCGCGCAUUCCGAGUUCCCAGUUCCGACGGAGACACGAAGUUCUGACCAAUUUGUAAGACUAAUGAUUUUUCAACUUAAGUCUUGACUCGGUUUCGCCAGACAAAGUGGGCGAACCACGAAGCCGUGAUUUACAAAAGUGUACACCAUCGUCGGAAAAAAGGCACAUAUUUUACGUCGAUAUCGCGAUAAACGUACGUUCCACUAAUCCACUACAAACGAUAGGUCAUCUCGUUGCUUAAAGUUUAAAUUGGUUCCAUGUAUUAAGAUAAUUAUGGUAAAAAGAAUUUGUAAUUCCAAUUGGGACGCAGAUCCAGAAAUCGGUGAACAUGAAGUCAGAUAUUCAGCAUAUGUUACUAAAUCACCAAAAAGAUCUAGAUUAUCACCUGAAAGAAGACCAUUUUUGCCAUAUGGGGUUGGACCAGAUGUUGACUGUGAAAUAGAUGAUGAAUCUGGUAAACCUGAUUAUUUAAGUUAUAGUAUAAUACCAAAAGAGAUUGAAGAAACAUUAAGAAAAGAUCAAACAAAAAAAUUAAAACAAACCAAAAAAAACCAAAAUUUAGAAUUAUCUCUUGAUCAUGUUUAUAAGGUAAUACGUGAAUUAAAACUACCAAUAUUUCAAAGGAUUAUCAAACAAAACAAGUUUGAAUUGAUACGAAUAGCAAAACGUCAUCCAGAUCGGCAUCAUUUAUAUGUUACUCAACUUUUGUUAAGAACAAUAUUUAAUCCCGUUCAGAAAGUUUGGAUAUAUUCACAAAUAAAGGAAGUAUUAAAUAUCUCUCCGCAUGAAUUCGCUAAAGUUAAACAUGUAUAUACGGUACUAGCACCAGAAGUAGCACUAAUGGUUUUGAAAAAUAAAUUUAAAGACUUUGCUAAAAUAUGUGAUGAAAAUCAAUUGAAUGCGUUUACACUUUUAAAUAGUACAUUUUUUGAUGACCGAUAUGAAAAAGAUUUACAUUGUCGAACCUAACAAAAUUAUAAUGUAUAAUUAUACAUUUUUUGUACCUAUUGUAUGUUUUUUUUUACAAUCUAAGUAAAUGGUAUGUAGUAAAUGGGGGUUUAUUUUUUUUUAUAAAAUGAUACCAAUUUUGAUUUUAAGUAGAAAAGUAUACCUAUUUGUUUUUAUUAGAAGUGCUCGGAAAGCAUAUUUGACUUAUUUAGUGGGAAGACUGAACAUUGUGAAAUAAUUAGUUAAUUUGAAAGGUUAGUAAUUAUAUUGAUAUCCUUGAAAUAUAUUUAUACUAAUAAAUGAGAUUAUUAUAUUUAUAUAAAAUAGUGUGUUUUAAUUUUAAUUUUCUAUUAUUAUUUAUUAUUCUCAAGUAAAAAAUAGUUAAUCUAUUAUUUUUUGUGAUGUGUUCUUUCUACAUUUCCAAUUGAAAUAUUCUAAAAUCUUUAACUAUUCCAAAAUGUUUAUUUAAUAUAAACAAUUAUAGAAUACCUUACUUUUUGGAAUUUUAUUAUUAUAUACCUAUAUUUAUUUUUUUAAAUAAAAUAUGAAUUGUAUUUUUAAUUAUGCCUUGGCAAUUUAUCAAUUACCUAGAUAUUUUACAGAAUUUGAAUUACUUAUUAAGUAUAAUAUAAAAUAUACUUGUGAUUUCUAUU